CAAACUUGGCUGGGGGUGUCGGUCUCGCCCGCCUGCUGGCCGGGGCAGCCGGGACGAGGGGGACGCCGGAGCCCGCCCAGCCGGCUCGGAGGGGCAGGAUGGCGGCGCCGACCCGCUGGGUGCUGUGCUUGUGCCUGGGCUGGGGCUGCCUGUGCCUGGCGCUGGGGGACGUGCUGAAGGCUCGCUGGGUCGGGCUGCGGCGGCGGGCUGCCCCGGGAGGAGCGCGGGGCGGCCGGGCGAGAGCCGCGGCAGGUGACUACGGCCUGGGGCAGCGGCAGGAGCAGGCGGAGCGGCGGCGGCCGGAGCGGCUGCAGCCGGGGGACAAGGUCUCGGAGCACAUGCUGCGGCUCUACGACCAGUACAGCGGCGGGCGGGCGGCGGCGCGGCCCCGGGACCCGCCGGCCUGGCCCGGGCCGCACCCCCGCCAGGGCAACACGGUGCGCGGGUUCCGCCCGCUGGCGGCAGGGAGCCCUGAAAGCCAGGAGAUGUACGUUUUUAACUUGACGUCACUCACCGAGUCUGAAAACGUCUUGUCAGCUUCGGUGUAUUAUUAUAUUGGUGAUUUGCUGCAUGCUAAGUGGAACUGUUCCCAGUCCAGAGGCUGUUCUCGUCACGGGCACAGGAAACCCGAAAUUCAGAUACAUCUUUCAGUUUGGACCUUUCCUUCUGUUGGGAACCAGACUCGGAGCCUGGGACAUUUCCUCAUAAACGUCUCCACUGCUUACCAGGAUGUCCUUUCCUGGCAGUGGAAGGAUAUCACUCAGCUCCUGCACGAAGCAAAACAAAACAAUGAACUCCUGAUCAGUGUCAAAAUGGAUCUGACCAGCCAUCACCCCUGGAAAAGGGCACCUUCUCGCUACGAACCCUACAUUCUGAUUUAUGCCAAUGAUUCUGCUAUUUCAGAGCCAGAGAGUGUUGUCUCUAGUUUGCAAGGGCACCGUCAUCCUCUGGCAAGGGUCUUUCCCAGGCCAGAAAACCACGUGAGGACCGGCCUCGGGAAGCGGCGGCGAAAACGCUCCGUAAACGUCCUGUUGCCGUUGCAGAAUAACGAGCUUCCAGGAGCCGAGUACCAGUACAAUGAGGAUGAGAGAUGGGAAGACAGAAAGCCCUACAAAACCUUCCAGCCACGGUUAGCAGAGAGGGCAAAGAGUAAGAAAAAGCAGAGGAAGAGUCAUCACCAGAAGAGCCAGACUCUCCAGUUCGAUGAGCAAACGCUGAAGAAGGCGAGGAGGAAGCAGUGGAAUGAGCCAAGGUAUUGCGCCCGGCGCUAUCUCAAGGUGGAUUUUGCAGACAUUGGCUGGAGCGAGUGGAUUAUUUCCCCUAAAUCCUUUGACGCCUAUUACUGCUCAGGGGAAUGCCAGUUCCCAAUUCCAAAGGCCUUGAAGCCAUCCAACCAUGCCACCAUCCAGAGCAUAGUGAGAGCCGUCGGGGUCGUCCCGGGCAUUCCCGAGCCUUGCUGCGUUCCUGACAAAAUGUCUUCUCUUAGUAUCUUAUUCUUCGAUGAAAAUAAGAACGUAGUUCUUAAGGUGUACCCCAACAUGACAGUGGAAUCCUGUGCGUGCAGAUAACAUCUCGGGAGACCCUUUUGAAAUGCUGAGGUGAUC